AUGCUCCGAUCCCUCCUUUCAAUCACCGGCCUACAACGCGAAGAUUACAUUUUCCCCACAGUCGACCCUAAAGAAGAUGGCAUAGACUGCAAGAAGGAUUGCGCAAAUUGCACAAUAGAGUUCCCGGCAAAAGUUAAAAUCGAAACGUCGUUACCCUUCUACGGCCAUAUCAAACAGUUUCACACACAUGUCCUCGUUGCGACGGGGAAAUCAGACUGGAAGGAGAAGGUUGAGAACGAGCCUGGGAGCUUGAUGGAGGCGAUUCAUGAUUCGUCCGGGUCGAAGCAUGGACGCAUGAUGGUCUCAGCAUCAAAUCUCCGAUCACCACAGACUGAGGACGGCUCUACAGGGAAUGGGACAACCGUCCUUCUCCUCCCAUCGUUUACCUUCAUCGACUCCGUAAACACCAGCGACGUAACCGACCUCAUCACCAACUUCAUCGAUGCACCUCUCUCAAACCCCUCGGCAUCAAAGACUCUCACACCACCCGCAAACUCGAGUUUAAAACCACGGCCCUGCGAAUACGACUACGUCGUCCUCCUCUGCUCGCACAAGCGUCGCGACGCCCGCUGCGGCAUCACAGCACCUUUGAUAAAGCGCGAACUCGAGCGGCAUCUUCGGCCCAAGAGCCUGUAUCGCGACGCAGACGACGAGCGGCCCGGCGGCGUGGGCAUCUUCUUCGUCUCGCAUGUCGGCGGGCACAAGUUCUCAGCAAAUGUGCUGGUUUACCGCAAGAAGGAACAGCAGAUGAUUUGGCUGGCAAGGGUGAGGCCUGAGCAUUGUGAGGGGAUUGUUAAUUAUACGCUGCUCCAGGGGAAGGUGGUGCAUCCGGAGUCGCAGUUGAGGGGUGGGUUUGAUCGGGCGAGGGGGUUGACGAGUUGGUGA